CUAUAACAUUGACAAUUCGGAUACUAAUCUAUUUGAACACAACGCCAGGGGUUAAAAUUGUUUAAGAUUUAGACUUCUUUCAGUAUUUGUUAAACUCGUCAUCAGACCGAGCUUAAACCCAGCAUCGGUUUCAACCUUGGGUAGAAUACGGAUCCAAAUGUUUGUCUUUCUUAAAUGAAUAACCACACCUAACCAGUAAAGAGACCCAAGGACGCUUGAAUAAACCACUGAGACUUGAAAACAAACCCAUCGAAUGUUAUUCACACCGAAGGCACUGAAAAUAUCUUUAGGAAGUGUUCGACUUUUAUUUCAAGAAAGAUGGAGCUGCUCUCUAUCUUCUUAGCCAUUUCCGUCUCUACGAUCAUUGUCGUAUCUGGUCAAAACCCUCGUGUGACUGUCACUGAAGGAAAUCUCAUUGGGAAGACCGUCAGGUUCAGUGAGAACCAGUUUAUAAACGUGACCAAAAAUGUCGAUAUGUUUCUGGGCGUCCCAUUCGCUAGUCCUCCGACGCGGUUCGCUCCUCCAGAGCCCAUGACGCAUUGGGAAGGUGAUCGGAAUGCCACGGAGUUUACAUCAGCCUGUCAACAAAGACCUCAACCUUUGUUCUACCCAGUUAUAUCUGAAGAUUGUCUGUACCUGAAUGUCUACACACCGAGCCCAAAGCCAUCUGGGAUGCCUGUCAUGGUGUGGAUACACGGAGGAAAUUUUGUCGCUGGGACAGCAAUGUCAUAUGACUACUAUGGAGUUCCACUUGUGGCUUUCGGUGACGUCAUUGUGGUUACCUUGAACUACCGUUUGGCGAUCUUUGCACAUUUUUCAACCGAGGAUACUGAAUCUCCUGGCAAUUAUGGAAUGUUGGAUCAAGCUGCAGCUUUGAAAUGGGUUUACAACAACAUCGAAGCUUUUGGUGGUGAUAAGAAUCAGAUAACCCUAUUUGGAGGAAGUGCGGGAUCGUCAAGCGUUAAUUUUCAUAUCCUUUCAGAACUCAGUAGAGGAUUCUUCAAUCAGGCGAUUCUUCAGAGUGGAACGGCAAUCGGUAAUGGGGCCUUUAAGCAUGAUCCAGUCGCCGAACUUGAGAAAGCACAAGAACUUGGACGAGAGAUGGGAUGUGAAGAUGUGGUCUCCACCUCUGCUUUGGUUUCCUGCCUUCGGGAAGUAGAAGACCCUGUGGCACUGAGCACGGCAGCCGAUAAGGUGUAUGCCGAAGGCUAUCCCGUAACGAUGGACGGGACCUUCUUAAAAGAAACACCGACCAAUCUUUAUAAGAUGGGGAACUUCGCCAACGUACCCAUUCUGAUUGGUUUCAACAAGGAUGAGGGAACCUUGGUACCAUACAUCUUCUAUCCAGAUUACCACGGGGGCCCUACAGCACCACCGAUCAACAGAAAUGCCUUCGAAAAUAUCAUCAAAGGCUCCAUGGCUAACAAUGGAAGGGACGAUGAGAUCGUCUAUGAUUCCGUGUUCCAGGAAUACAUCGACUGGACAAUGGCCGAUGAUCCGGAAAGUGAUUACUUCCAAUCAUGGGUGAACUUCGGGACCGAUUCGAACUUCGCCUGUCCAUCCGACUCUGUAAUGAGAAGACAUGUAGAAGCCGGUGUUACCGUCUACAAAUAUUACAUGACACAUGCUCCGUCCAAAAGUGUUCGCAUGUAUGGGGACGCACUUCCAAAUACCCCUUGGCUAGGCGCUGGCCACGCAGAAGAAACGAUAUUCGUUUGGGGUCUUCCCUUCAUUGAUGAGCUUUACUAUUACCGUGGACACAACUUGACAGACGAGGAGAACGCCCUCUCCGUUAAGUUCAUGCAGUUUUGGACAAAUUUUGCCAAGUCAGGUGACCCCAGCAAGUCUAGUGUUGGUGGAGAAGCAGGAGUAGGAGAGGAUUCUUGGCCUUUGUACACGAUCCCUGAGCUCAAACACAAGGAACUGUCCCUAGACUUGGGUGAAGGCAGAGCUGUGCUGGCAAGGCAGUGCCAUUUCUGGAACGAAUACCUUCCUGCCCUAGAGGCAUUCACAAACACAAUUGACGAUGACGAGAAAGAAUGGCAAGAGAGCUACGAUGACUGGAAGGAUGACAUGACCGACUGGCAGCAGGCUUUCGAAGAUUACAAGCAACAAACAACCUGUAAUUAGAUCUGCCAGAUAAUGACCUCUAUUAUCAAGGAGUUAUUGUCCAUGGUUACUACAACUUGAUUUAACUCUUCAAAAAUCUCCAUAAGAUUUCAAGAUAUAAAGAUUAUUGAAACGUUUGAACAAUUUAAACAAGAAAUUAUUUUAGCAUCGUAUUGUGAAAAUUUGCCUUGUAUCAAUACCCGUUCUUAUUAGAAAUCAUGUGUCAUAGUAUAUAGGUUCAAUCACUUGACUCUAUUCAAAGGUUUCAGGGUUCAAAUCUAAGUCUGUCAUUAACGUCCUCUGGCGUUCGUAGCAGUAAUUGUGACCGAGGCUUACAUAUCUCAACGAAUAUUCACUUAUUCAGCAUUUGUUUCUUCUCUCUACCUCUUCAGAGGGACUUUAUUAAUCCAUUUCAAAAUACAUAUAGACUAUUUACAAAACAAGUAAAACGAAAUAUUUGAAUUAUAUAUACGAUCAACAUAA